AUGUCCAAGGCCAUGGGUGUCACGUCUGUCGAGAUGCCGAAUCCUCAGUUGACCACAUCGUCAUCAAUUCGUCGGUUGAAUCUGGGGAUUCGCAGUCUCAUCGCUCAGGCAUCGGCAUGGUUGUUCGACUGGACUCCCUUCGUGUUGGUCUCCACUUACUAUAUUGCGUCGACUGCAGUAUACACAUCAGCAACUGAAGGAACUAUCAAGGUGUUCUACUUUGUUUACAUGGCUGUCAACUUCUAUAUUGCCAUGUGUACGGUCAUUGAAGCUUUCCUUGGCAUCUCUCCUCUUCGUGAAUCCAGACAGGCCGCAGAUGAGGUCGAUCAGAACAACAGCCAGUUUCCAACACCUGAUGACGAGCUACCGAUAAUCGACCUUGUGAUCGUAGCAUAUCUUCCUAAUGAGCAGGAUAUAGUCAAGGAUCAAGUGUGCUAUGCUUUGGAUGAGCUGGUCUAUCCUCGAAGCAAGCUGAGAGUCAACCUUGUGUACAAUACACCAAAGCCAAUCGAGCCCCUCCAGUCCGAGUUGGCAGAAAUGGAGAAGCAGUAUCCACAACUCACUGUCACCAACGUCCCCGGCUCCAAAUCGAAGGCCGAUAACCUCAACUAUUUCUUCAAGUUCAACACAGGUGCUGACAUCAUUGCGAUCUUCGAUUGUGAUCACUUCCCGCAUCCUUACAACCCUCGUUGGGCCGCUGAGCGGUUCGUGAAGGACUCUUCGGUGGAUAUUGUCCAAGGUCGUUGUGUUGUCUACAAUACGGGCGAAACGUUCUUCACCAAGAUGAUCGCGAUUGAGUUCGACAAGAUCUAUGCAGUGUCUCAUCCCGGCCGCAGUCGCUUGUUCAACUUUGGUCUCUUCUGCGGCAGCAAUGGCUACUGGAAAGCUGAUCUACUCAAGGGACAUCAGAUGCACGGACACAUGCUGUGCGAAGACAUUGACUCCGCGCUUCGUGCAUAUGGUGAGGGCAAGAAGGCGGUGCACGACAUGAACGUCCUUUCCUAUGAGAUGGCUCCCACUAAUUUUGCUGCGUUCUGGAAACAACGCAUGAGAUGGGCUCAAGGCUGGACUCAGGCCAGUAUCAGACAUAUGCCUCUUAUCUGGAACAAUCCACCUGGUGGCAAGCGUACCAUCAGUGAGCGUUUCGGAGUUUUGUCCCUUCUCUUCGUUCGAGAGAUCAGUUACUACCUGGUCACCCAGCAUACAUGCUUGCUGUUGUCGUUCAUCAUCACGGACUGGCCAAAGAACCCAACAGAACUUGUGAAGCUGAUCUUCUUCCGCUAUCCGAUGGCUGAGUGGUUCUUCUUCGCGACCAUUAUUUGUCUUAUGUUCACACUUGCAAUCACACAAAUGGCUCGAUCAGAGUUCACGACUAUGUGGAUGAUGAUAAUGUUUUCGAUUAUCUAUACGCCUUAUCUGAUCUUGAUGGCGACUAUGGGAAUUUAUGGUCAUGCGCGUCAAAUCAUCGGCUACAGCAAGUGGAAUGCCACGUCUCGUAAAUGA